GUUCUGCACCUUUCCGGCGGCAACUUUCCGGUGUGCGGUAGCUUCAAGAACUUGACACCAUCGACUGAUUCCUAUCUUUCUAAAAUACUGUGGUGACUUAUCGUGUGAUGGAUGGUCGAGCUACCCCACCACCUGUUCACCAUGUCCUCAGGCCACAUCAUAUUGAUCUCAUAGCAAUGUUAUUGUUGAUUUUCAAGGAAUACGAGCUUCAGAAGACUUUGCCGAAAGACUUUCUGCUCUAUAUGUAUCGCGUUCUCUUGAUGGAAACGUCUGAGGUCGUUGAACAUAGGUCCCAUCAGCAUAUGCUGGCGAUGGUCAAAGUCGCGCCGAAUGCAGAUACGCCUGUAGUCCAGGGGCUUAUAGGCGCUCUGGAGAAUGUGGCAAACCAGCUACGGGCGCUUGAUCAACUAACUAACUUCUUCCUCAGCACACCUUCAAUAUUCGUUGAAAAAAGCGAUGACCAACCUGCUGUUCUGCGUCGAACAUCGCUGUUCGGUUUCUUUGUGCGCAGAUGCUUCGUCAGUUUCAUCAAGCUAUCAUUCUAUGGCGUCGUACAGCUUCAAAAAGACUACCAGGCGUGGGUCAAUGGAUCCAGCCACGCAGGUUAUGGGCCCAUAGAGAAGGACCCGCUUACUUCUGAUAUCUGGCUAUUCAAAACGUCGAGUGACUUGAAAACUUGGGCGCGAUCUGAACCAUUUGAAGCGUGGGAAAAAGGACUCGCAACGGGAGAUGAUAUCAUAGGUCCAGAGAACUUGCGUAGAUAUUUUGAACAACAUUUUCAUGAACACAACGAUUCGGGUGUUCGACAGCAUGCGUUGCUGAAUCUAGUACGCAUGCACUAUACUCGAAAGGAAUAUCCUGCUGCCAGCAAGUUACUUCGUGAAGCUAUUGCAGUCGCUAGAACAAGCGGAGAUCGCAUAACGCUCCAGCAUUGUAUCAGCAUGCUACAUCGCUUGCCAUCCCUGAACGAAACUCCAGUCUUAAACGAGAUUCAGCCUGACCUCCAUCCGUUGGAGGUGUUGUUUGACGUGACAAAACUACUUGAUCCUCAAUACGGACAACCGCUGACCUUGUGCUUUGAGAAAUUGACCGAGGCUAUUGCCCUACACAAUCACUGGGUAGACACCAAGCAAGCAAUGCCUCGUGACGCGGACAUUUGUAGUCACAAUGCAAUGCAAGCUGUACUAUGGCAAACGUUAGGAUGCUACGAUCUUGCCGAUGUCGAGGAAUCAUUCGUGUUGUUGCUCACGAGGGCUGGCAAAGACGACCCAAACCGUCUGAAUACGUUCAUCAAUCGCUCCUAUAGGCGCGCCAGAAAUGGAUUGUACUCAGAGGCUUUGGCACUGCUGAUGCAUCCGGAGACGUGGCGCGGCCUUUCAUUGGACGCGUACCACCGAUGGGCAGAAGCUAUCUGGCAUAUACUGGCCCUCAGGACAAGUCGUCGCGACUGCGGACAAGCAGUGGCUGCAAUCCAACCACUACUACAAGCUCUUUGGCAAUCGGAAUUUCAGGGCAGGUUUCCGCUGUAUAGAUUAGGCAUGUCACUCCUCGCCGAUGUUGGCUUGGAAUUCGGAAUGUCAGAACAUUGUCAGCAAUUGAUUCUAGGGAUUAUGCCACAAGCAGGCCUUCGAGAUGCACUGCCAUGUUUGCUUAUGGCAGAAGCUGACUAUAUGUCCUUGUCCAUGCUAGAAGCUACUUCAGAAGUACAGCAGCUACUCGUAGUUGCCUAUCAUAAUCUCGGUAUGACAGCUGAAGAGGAGGGAGCUUUUGAACGGUAUAUGCAGUCUACAAAGCUUGCUCAAGCUUUCGAAGAAAAUCCUGCUGAUCCGGAGGCUACCAGGGAGGAAGAUUUUUCUUCCCUUCCAAUAUCAGAGAGGCUUAAUCACAAAAACUGGAAAGCCCGUGUAAGCGGAUACGAAUCAUUGAUCAAGACUUUCCAAACCACCGCAUCCGACACCGACCCCGCAUUCAAACCCUACAUCAACAGUCCUGAUCUUCUUAAGAAGAUCGCCACAGAUUCUAAUGCCGUGGCACAAGAGAAAGGUGUAGAGUGUCUUGUGGCACUGGUCAAGUUUGCUGGAGAGUCUGCCGCAAAGACCAGGGAAACUGUUGUGCCGGCCUUGGUUGACAAGUGUCUCGGGUCUGCGAGAGCCGGUACAAAGAACCAAGCAAUAGAGCUUAUCCUUCAAUUCGUGGAAGUUGAGAAUUCUGCUGCUGGUGUUGUAGCGGACAUUAUACCCGGUCUUUCUGCAAAACAACCAAAGACUGUUGCUGGAUGUGUAUUUGCUUUGAAAGAAGUUGUUCGGACUUUUGGAACUCAAGUGACUCCUCCGGCCCCUGUUUUAAAAACAUUGCCCAAGAUGUUCGCGCAUGCUGACAAGAAUGUCCGUGCAGAAGGCACGCAACUCGCUCAUACGUUGUAUCAGUACAUCGGUCCAGCGAUAGACCCUUGGUUAUCGGAGCUUAAGCCAGUGCAGGUCAAAGAAUUACAGGAGGCGUUUGAGGGGAUGGAAAAUGCGGGAAAGGGCAAAGGAACUUUAAAGUCUGAAAGACUCACGCGAGAGCACCAGCGCGAGGCAGAGAUGGCAGGCGAUGCGGCUGAUGGUGAUGAAGUUGAAGCAGGCGGGCAACCACAAGAACUGGAUCUUCCUGAUCCUCGCACUCUGGUGGAGCCAGUUAACAUCAUUCUAAAGCUUCCCUCUAACAUGCAAGCUAACCUCACGUCUUCAAAAUGGAAAGAAAGAAAGGAGGUGCUGGACGAGCUGCUUACACUUGUAAAUGCCACCCCUCGCAUCCAGGAUGCCUCUGAGCUGGGAGAGCUAGCGAAGUCACUUGCUGUAUGCAUCUCGAAAGAUGCAAACAUUAAUUGUGUCAUGACUGCUGCUCACGUUAUGGAGGGCCUAGCGAAGGGCGUGAUGUCUCCGUUCGGCAGGUUCAGGGAGAUGGUCAUUCCUUUGAUGCUAGAGCGCUUGAAAGAACGGAAAGCAAAUGUUACAGACACAAUCGGAGCUGCAUUAGAUGCCAUUUUCGCGACGACGACCUUACCCGAUAUGAUACCUGAUCUGAUACCAGCUCUGGGAAAUAAGAACCCACAGAUAAAGGAAGGGACUCUCAAGUUUCUCGCUCGCUCGCUAUCGACUUCUAUGACGCCGGUGCAAACUGGCCAGAUAAAGACGCUGACUGAUCCGCUCGCUGUUUUGCUCGAGGAUGGUUUUGAGGGUGCACGCAAUGAAGCUGCUAGCUGCCUAGGUAUCCUUAUGAAGAUGGUUGGCGAGCGCCCGCUCAAUGCUCUGAUGGAUGGGCUCGCUGAUGUUCGUAAGGCGAAGGUGAAAGAGGCGUACGAGAAAGCUGUGGUAAAAUGUAAAGUUGGUGCUCCAAAGGCUCCCGCUUCUGCGAAAGAACCUCCAAAGAAAAAAGUCUCGCCGCCCAAGAAAGCAGAAGGCACUGCUCCCCCUAAGGCGGAAGUGACUGAUGCACUAAUGAUAGACGAAGAACCUCCAAAGAAGCCGGUUGGGAAACCGCCUGCCAGGCUUUUGAAGAAAGUCCCGCCGACUUCUGAGGCACCGGAAGCAAGUUCCUCAGCGGGAGGUCCUCCAGUCAAGGCUGUCCCUGCUGUCAAGAAGCUUGCUCCCACCGCCGCCGCCAAACCCUCGAAGCCUGCCGCUCCCGCUGCGCCUGGCACUCUUGACGCUUUCAAAUAUAAACAUACUCCUGAGGAUGCUGAGGGUCUUGCGACUGAGUUAAUACCAACAUCUAUCAUGGAAGGCUUGGGAGAUGUCAAUUGGAAAGCCAGACUUGCUGCGUGCGAGGAAAUGCAGACUUGGAUAGAAGGUGUUGUCGAUGAUGUUGAUGCCGAGGUCGUUAUCCGAGCUAUAGCGAAGAAAGGAUGGUCCGAAAAGAAUUUCCAGGUAUCAGCAAAACUGUACGGUGUCCUGACCAUUCUUGCUGAGCGAUGUCCAUCAUUCGGGAGGUCAUGUGUCGCUCUGUCGACAAGUCAUCUUUCUGAGAAGUUGGGCGAUAUGAAGCUUAAGAAAUCAGCCGGUGAUGCACUGACAGCCUUUGCAGAGAAAACAUCUCUACAGUUUGUCCUCAACCAAGCAUACGAUCCGCUUGGCAAGCAGAAGGCUCCCAAAGUCCUUGCAGACGCACUUGGAUGGAUAGAUACAUCCAUCGUCGAAUUUGGCAUUGCUGGCGUUUCCCUUCGCCCUCUCAUUGACUUUUUGAAGACUGCCCUGAAGAACUCUAAUGCGGCUGUAAGGACAAGUGCUACAAAGACCCUUGUAUCUGUCAAGUUAUUCGCAGGAUCUAGUAUCAAGGAUUUCCUGGAGGACCUGAAUGCUCAACUUUUAGUGACCAUCCAAGGUGAAUUCGACAAGGUCGAAGGUACACCAGCGCCAGAGCCAAGUCGUACUUCUGUCGACAUCGUAACCUUGGUACCUACAACUAAUGGAGGAGCUGCUAAAGGGUUUGACCCUUUGGACGACCUCUUUCCGAGAGUGGAGAUCGAUGGGCUGCUCAAAGGCACCACUAUUCUUGCUGAUACCAAGAGUGAUGCUUGGAAAGCUAGGAAGGAGGCUCUGGAGACGCUCCAAGCGCUUCUUGACCAAGGGGCAAACAAGCGCCUGAAACCAGCUAUAGGCGAGAUUGCACAAGUUCUUAAGGCCCGAGUGCUGGAUACCAAUAAAGCUGUCCAAAAUCUUGCACUUGACAUAGUCGCUCGUAUUGCAACCGGCAUGGGAAAACCUUUUGAAAAGCAAAACAAACUUUUCGUAGUACCAGUGGCGACAGUUCUUUCAGAUCAAAAGGCACCUAUUCGUGCGGCCGCAAUUCAAACUUUGACCGCAAUGGCAACUGCAAGUGAAGGACUGGAUUCUAUGGUACAUUUCUUGGGAACAGCUCUAGAAGCGGUUAAUCCGACCCAACGAGCCUCUCUACUUGGGUGGAUAGCCGACUACCUCAAAGACCAUCCCCCUACCUCGUCCUUGGAUCUAAGUAGUUGGGCUGCCACCGUGGUCUCCUGCCUCGAUGAUCGGAGCGCUGACGUUAGGAAGGGCGUGCAAGCCCUUCUGCCUCACCUGAUCACCUCUGUCGGCUUCGACAAAGUCAUGCAACACACCAAUUCGUUAAAGCCAGCAUCGAGGAAGACUGCUGUUCCAAUUAUUCAAGCAGCUCGAGAUAAUGCGGCUCCACUAGUCACUGCUGCACCUGCGGCAACAACGCCACCAAAAGCUCAUAUUUCAAAGGUAGCUUCCUCAGUACCCGCAAGGUUAUCACCGAGUCCCCCUCCGCCAUCUCCGGUUCCCUCCACCACAGCUAGUAAACUCACGGGUGUCCGACGGAAAUUGCCACAAGGGACAAAUUCCCGACCGGACUCUCAAGCAGAUUCAUUAGAUGAACCUGCCAUGUCUCGCCUUCCGGGGAAGUUGGGAAUUGGUGGCCUCAAGCGUGCAGGAGCGUCAAGUAUUGCUACAAAGGGUUCCGUGGUACCCCCUCCAGCGAUUGUUUCAGCUCUUCCAUUCUCUAGUAUGAACAUGGAGGCUAAACGUGCGAGAUUAGCCAAGGAUGCUCAGCGGUGGAUCAAUGAAGGUGGAACUACCAGGAAGGAUCUGGCCGAUCUCCUGCAACAUCAAAUGGAGCCACACGCCUCCAAGGAUCUCGUCGCUCAGCUGUUCAGUCACGACCACAACGCUGUUAACGAUCAUGUCUCAGGACUGACUACGAUGCAUAAUUUCUUCUCUGCCGCGGAGUCUGGAGACGACAAAUUUGGAGUCCCUCCCGAUGAUCUCCGAGCUGUCGCUUUAGCCUGUAGCGAUCUCGCUCUGAAAUACGUUUCGAUCAAAGCUCAUGAACCUCAAUCCAACUUAAGUGCCAAAGGCCUAGAAGUGGCUGAAACCGUUCUUGCGUUCCUACGCAGUGUUGACGCUCAAAUAGACGACUCAGAGGCUUUGUGUUUCCUCCCGACAUUGAUCAACAAGCUCGGUGACGCUCGUGAACCUGUGCGCGCCCGCGUGCAGCAAAUCAUUCAAAUGAUGCCAAAGGUGUAUGCAUUCAGCCGAGUGUUUGACUUACUGCUGGAGCAUGGCUUGAAAUCUAAGGUGGCAAAAACCCGCCAGGGUGCUCUAGAUGAAAUAAGCAGUCUCCUGAAGCGCAACGGUAUGUCUGCAUGCAAUCAACCCAGCAAGGCUUUCCCUGUCCUGGGUUCUAUGAUCGCAGACAAAGACUCUGCUGUGCGGAAGUCUGCUCUAUCUGCUCUGAGUGAAGUAUACUCCUUGAUUGGAGAGAAAGUCUGGUCGCUUGUAGGACCAUUGUCACCCAAAGAUAAGACACAACUUGAAGAGCGUCUACGUCGCGUCGCAGGACCCAGUACCCCAGGCAAGCCGGCGCCGCAGACACCGGCGCAUCCCGCACAGAUAUCUCGUCUGACAGGCACUGGUGUGCGUUCAGAUUCGCCGACCUCACCACGACCAGCAAGUCCAGCUGUCUCGGGCAUCUCCCGAUUUACCAGACCCGGUUCCCCUGCCAGGACGCCGCGGUCUGCCUCUCCAGCUCCUUCCCAAAUUGCCAGACCCACUUCGCCAAUGCGACCGAAACUCCCGGGCAUCACCCUGCCAACGGCUAUGGCAGGCACUUCACACGUCGCCGCGCCGUCAUCUCCUUUGGGCCCGCGUCCAAAAAGCAUGUUACCGUCGCGUCUCGGACCUCCUAAGCCUCGUCCGAACUUUGGAUUAUCUUCAAAUGUGGCCACGCGUUCAGAAGAACCUUCAGAACUGCCGUAUGCCAUCAACCCUAAUGGCAAUUCAUACAACAAAGCUCCAUCUAUGCCCUCUACAGAGUCUGCGGAAACUCUGGUAAAUAGCGCCCACACAUAUGACGAUGCCCCUGCGUUCGAUACUCCCGACGACAUCACGAUUACAAUCUCUAGCAUAUUAAGCAGCGAUCCGACUCGCAGCGUAGAUGCUCUCAAGAAAAUCCAAAGGAUCCUGGUCACAAAGCCAGAAGACGGACACGCAUCUGCGGAGUAUCGUGAAUUAGCAGAACAUACCGAAGGUCUUAUAGAAACUAUCACACUUCAAAUGGCGCAUGUCUUCGAACGCCCCGAGGAUCUAGUGUCCGAUGAAAAUUUCAGAUUAGCGAAGCACCUCAUUCAGACGCUCAACACGUUCUGUGACCACAUAUUCCUGGCUGAGUCGCUAACCAUUGACAUUCUCACCCCUCUAUUAGAGGAACUUACACUGAGAUUAUUGGAGACUGAUGAGAGUCACGUCACCAAGGUUAAGGAUCUGUCGCGAUUUAUCAAUAUGAUCAUCUUGAGGCUGUUUGCCACAGGACGCAGGAUGUCCAUAUUCCGUUCCCUGUUUGCCCUGCUUUUGCAGAUCGUGAAGCCGUUCCCGAGCAAUGGAACACUCUCAGACUCUAAGGAGGCUCGUGUCGCUGAACUUGUCUUGAAAUGUGUUUGGAAGCUAGCUCGAAACAUCCCUCAAGAUCUGAAGGAGCAAAAACUCGACCCGGUUGAGCUCUUACCUGCGGUCGAGCACUUCUUACAGUCAGUACCUCCAAAUGAAUGGAGAGCCAGAGCCACGAAUAAGGUCCCGUGCGGGGAUAUGCCGUUGAGAACCAUCAAAGUUAUCAUUCAGCAUGUAGUUGCGCAUUACGGCGACGAAGUUUAUGACUUCCUUUCCGCAUCCUUCGACGACCCAUCAGCAACUAUAGUAUACCCCUACGUCUACCGCAUUCUUAACUCCUCUCGAGCAGCGGCAGACAUCCCAAUACGAUCGAAUCACAGUCCUUCAGAACCCAUUGGACGCCCAUACUCAGUAGCUUCCAGUCGGCCCAUAUCACCUGCAUGCUCCUCUGCCAAUCAACAGCAGUCUUCCCCUAGUCAUCGAACAAGCCCGAGUGUCUCUUCGCACAAUGGCUUCUCGCCGCCCGUAGAAGAGCCAGAUCCGGAAGCACAAUUAAUCACGAUCAUUAAUCACAUCUCCAGCGAGACUACAGGAGCGAUGCACAAGGAAGGCAUCACUGAGCUGCACCAGUUCUUGAAGAACUACCCACACAAGCGUCCUCGCGUUGAAAAGCUGCUAGAGACAACUGGCCCUGCAUUUCGCAAGUAUAUCAAUCGCGCACUUGCGAGUAGGGCGGCGGAAGAUAUGGAACGCACUGCGGCGGUCGCAAGUACACUAUCGAAAUUGGAGUCGAAUGGCCACGAAUCACCCGUUCCUACUUCUCCUGCUCCAAGCCGAGGGGAAAUGUCACCUCAACCUACGCAACAUAUAUCCGAUCCACCAGGGGAGGAUCGGUUGCAUCAGCUGCACGGCAUAUUCCAUUAUAAUCGUACAAGCACAACAAGCAAUGGAUCUUCGCAAAGUGCUGCAAGACCUCGGAUAUCGGAGAGCUGACUUGAGCCAGACUGAUCGAUGAAUUCUUUCAAUAUCUCACUUUCUUUUUUGCAAUUCAAUCAUUUACAACUCUUCAGAUACGCUUUUAAUCAGGAUGCACUAUUUCUGUGGAAUGUUCUUAAGUAUGUUUAUUUCGAGUCAUGCCUGGGAGAAUGUAUCAUCAUGUGCCAAUCAUCUGGGGAAAUGCAGGCUGUGAACUUGACGUACGUUGAUUUCUGAGCGGCGAUUCGGUGGUCGUGCUACCGUGAAUCGAGGCUGGCCGCUGAGGGCGUCAUUCGUUCAUAUGACGAAUAACUGAAGUAAUAAUACGUGGACUUUAUUUGGAC